AUGAGCCUCACCACCGUGACCUCUGUACCACCUGCGAAGCGGACCCUCGGACAGAAACCUAGCAUUUGGGUGUCAAUCAACGAACUCAUUGCAAAGCACAAGCCACUCAAUCUCGGACAGGGGUUUCCUGACUUUCUGCCAACCGGUCACGUUCUGGAGAGCCUUGCCAAGGCAACCGAUGAUGCCUGCGACCCGUCUCUUCACAUGCUCACCCGCUGUCAGCGUUAUCUGGCGGCUGAUAACUCUUUUCCACCACAGGGUCAUCCCCGUUUGGUGAACGCACUUUCCAGAAUCUACACCCCCCUGACCCGUCACGACCCCUCGGUUAGCGGACCCUGCUCUCCAGACCUCCUCUCCGGCACCUUCGUCGGUCCGGAGCGUGUUAUUGAUGCUGAAAGGGAGAUUAUCAUCUCCCCUGGUGCCUAUGGCGCCCUUUGUGCCGCCUUCUUUGCCGUCGUCAACCCGGGCGACGAGGUCAUCAUCAUUGAGCCCGCCUUCGACUGCUACACCCCGAUGACUUUGGCAGUCGGUGGGAGGCCGGUGUACGUCCCUCUGCGUCCGCCGAAGUCUGUCGAAGGUUCGUGUUCGGCCAGUGACUGGAUUCUCGACUUCGAUGAACUGGAGUCAAAGGUGACCUCGAAGACCAAGGUUCUGGUCUUGAACACACCAAAUAACCCACUGGGAAAGGUGUUUAGUCUGGCGGAGUUGGAGAAGCUUGCUGACAUCUGCAUUCGCCACAACAUCGUUUGUUUCUCCGACGAAGUCUACGAAUGGAUUGUGUUUCCGCCGAGCGUGCACAUCAAAAUCGCUUCACUGCCUGGAAUGUGGGAGCGAACGCUGACAAUUGGCAGCGCUGGAAAGACCUUUAACGUGACGGGAUGGAAGAUUGGGUGGACAAUCGGGCCGGAGACGCUCAUCUCGGCCAUGGCGACAAUCCAGGCGACCACCGUCGAGGCCUGUCCGACGCCCAUGCAGGAAGCCCUUGCGACCUCCCUGGAGGUAGAAUUGCCCCUGUUGCACACGCCACAGUCGUACUUCUACGAGAUUACUCGAGAUGUCGCCAAAAAAACUGAGGUGCUUGCACAUGGCCUGGAAAGUGUUGGAAUGCAGCCCAUUUUGCCGCAAGGCGGUUACUUCCUGAUGGCGAAUAUUGAGAAGAUCCCCUUUCCCAUGACUGCUGCAGCACAUUCCGAGGGCAAACCCAGAGACGAGUUGUUCAACGAGUGGAUGAUGGAGAACAAGGAUGAGAAAACCCUCGAAAAGGCCAUCAGCAUUCUCCGAAACUGGUAA